AUGAAGGAAAAGUAUCUUUUCAAAGAAGAUCUGGUACAUUAUCCAGGCAAGCGGAAAUCUGAGAGAAUUAGCUGUGCUUCGAGGACCUUCUGUUGGGAGCACCGCCCUCAGCAGGACACUCACGAAGCUCCACCAGAAGGCACCAACUGCCUCAUCUGCCUUGAGCCUGUGGAGGACAGCUUGUCCUAUCACACCCUGGUGUGCCCAGCGUGCCAACAUGCCUGGUUCCACCGGGGCUGCAUCCAGCAACAGGCCGUGAGUGCUGGCGCUUUGUGGUUCCACUGUGCCGCUUGUCGAGACAACAUCCUGUUCUUUGCAGAAAUGGCCAUUCUGGGGAUCCAAAUCCCAUACAGAAGACCAGGAUGGGUAGACGACGACACGUACGAAGCACUUCUCCACAGGCACAUUCUCACAAUUGCCCAUGCCAUUCUGAAUGCAACUUUCUCCAGAGGUGUUAGCCUGAGGCCGACACUGAGCUGGGGAAAUCGUCUCCAGAGUGGUUAA